UUGAGUAAUACUCUGCUCUAGAUGGUCAUUGAUAGAUGCUAAAAAAUUAAUGGACUGGUCAAAAAUGAAGUGGCUUUAUAUCAACUUGAUUUAAUAGUGAAAGCAUUUUGAAGUAAUCAUAAUAUAUAUUGGCGGAUAACAAACGUAGACAUAGUUUACGGUGUAAAAGUAAUGGUUGUUUGCUUCAACGAUUUGCGAUGGCAAAGAAAAGGAAACCCACAACGCAACUCGCCGCUCGGCGGUCUGCCCGCCGCGGGAAGAAGGCCACUAUUGAGCAGGUUGCCUUGGAAGGCGAAACAUCUACCACUGUAGAAGCGACAAACUCAGACACACAAUCUAAGCCCCCCGAGACAUCCAGUGCAAAAGUUGAAGAGACAACAAGUACAUCAAUUGCACAACUGUCCCAAUCUCAAAAUUGGAAUCCCACUGUUAAAAUUUGCCCACCUGUAGGGUUACAUAAGAAAUUUGGUAAAUAUCGUUGUUUAUUCAGCAGUGAUGAAACUUUGAGUAGAAAGAGUGAAGUAUGUAGUGAUAGUGAAACAAACAGUAGUAUUGAUACAAAAGUAGUUGACCUUUGUGGUAGCUCAGAGUCUGAUUCAAAUACUGCAAUAGAGAUUCAAUCGGAUACAAACAGUUCUGCAAGCCCUAGUCCCCUGAGCAUUGUGUUAAACCCACCACAAAGUCAUAGCAACAUACCACUACCUACAUCGUCACAAUCUUCUCAAGUAUUUGUACUAAAUGAGGACACUAUUGUAAAUGAGGACCCUGUUGUAAAUGAGGACCGUGCUGAUAAUGAGGACCGUGCUGAUAAUGAGGACCCUGUUGUAAAUGAGGACCUUGUGGUAAAUGAGGACCCUGUGGUAAAUAUUGAAAGCAAUGUGCCGCAAAUUCCUUUGCCAAACGAAACCUCUAUAGUGGAUAAUGAUGACCAACCAGUAAGUGAUAAAGAUAAUGACAAAGAAUUACAGGACAAAAACAUUCCAUCUGUAGAACAAAUUGAGUAUGCUUGUGAUGAUGAAGAAAUUAUUACGGUUGUUCAAAUUGUGGAGGAUGAAAAUCAAGAGCUUUAUUAUGAUAUUAAAAUAGAUAGUCCAAAAAAUGAGGCUCCAAAACAAAUAAAUGAAGAUGAAGAGUGCAAAAAUUAUGAUUCUGAUUUCCAGAAACACUUUGAAAAUCUUAAUCUCACUGCCGAAUCUAGGUCUAACACUCAUUCUCCUAUGGAUUGUUCAGAACUUGGUUUCCUACAAACAUCGCAUUGCAAUACUCCAGAUAUUUUUUCCAAAGAAAACUCUAAUGAUUUAACAAGACCAGAUCCAAGCUUAACACCAAGUUCUAUAUUAUCUGAUGAGAGCAACUCGUCAAGAGUGACAGAACAAACACAAAACAAUUCCAAUGAUUCCGCGGAAUCAUCACCAACUGGUGUCAGACGUUCAAACCGCAUAAAGACAAUCAGCAAUUUAAAACAAAAAACAAAAGGGUAUGGUUUAGUCAAAACACCACUAAAGAAAGCUUUAAUUACUCAAACAAAGUUAAAACUAGAAGAAUUAGGUUCAGAUAGUCAAGAGAAAAUAGAAACUAUAACAAAUGUUACUCCACACUCCUUACAGUUCCCUAUCCCUUCAGAAAUGCCUGUUAAAGUAAAAUCUCGUUGGAGAAGGUCAAGUGAGCUUGAAAUGGGCGCAAGCUCGCCUGCAAAUUCACCGUUAGCUAGUCCAGGUCUACCACAACGUUUACUGCCUUUAACGGAGGAACAAACUUCUACCGACGUGGAACAGGCUGCUGUGGCAUUAUCUAAAGAAGCAUACGAUAAAAUUAUUGAAGAGAGAAUGAAUCAAUUCAAACAUUUGGAUGAGAAUGAGUAUUUGUGUGAUCGUAUGAUCAGCAGAGAUACAAAGAAAAUGAUUUGUGAUUGUUUUAUGACCAAAGAAGAGUUGGAACGAGGAGAGCUUGCUUGUGGUGAAGACUGUCUCAAUAGACUGCUUAUGAUUGAAUGUAACUCUAGAUGUCCAGUUGGUGACCGUUGUACCAAUAGAAGAUUUCAGAAUAAGGAAAAUGCGUCGCUUAAGGUUUUUUAUGCAGAUAAGAAAGGAUGUGGAGUGGAGGCUGGUGCUGAUAUUUCAUCAGGUGAAUUUCUAAUGGAAUAUGUGGGUGAAGUAUUGGACUAUGAACAGUUUUACAAGAGAGCACAGUCAUAUUCUGAUGAGAACAACCUACACCACUAUUUCAUGUCACUAAAAGGUGACACAGUUAUUGAUGCGACAGUGAAAGGCAACAUAUCAAGAUUUAUCAAUCAUUCAUGUGAACCAAAUGCGGAAACACAGAAGUGGACAGUCAAUGGAGAACUCAGAAUAGGGUUUUUCAGCAAACGGGAGAUUCCAGCUGGUGAAGAAAUCACUUUUGACUAUCAGUUUCAGCGCUUCGGCAAGGUGGCGCAGCGGUGUUACUGCGGCGCUGAAAACUGUCGCGGCUGGAUCGGUGCUGAACCAGACUCUGAUGAUGAUGAUGAUGAAGAGGAAGAGGAAGAUGUAUCGACAUCAAAGUCUGGUACUGCGGAAUCAGAGGAGGCGCUUGCAACAGACGCCACGUCAGAGCAGCCACAGCCUCGUGUGCGCAAACCCAAACGUAACAGAAAGUACAAACCCAAAGCCCCCGAUCUUGUUCAAGAUGCUGAUAUCGAGGAAGACCUAGAAGCACUAGGUCACAGCGGUGUCAAGAACCAGAGCCACACGCUGCGUCUUUCCCGUACUGUUGUGCGUGCGAAGACCAGACCCGCGCAGACUGCGUUGCUCCGACUGUUGAGGGAUGCAGACUUACCAUGUCGACGUCUCUUCCUUGAUUAUCGUGGACUGAGACUCCUGGCACCAUGGUGUUCUGACGCCUCUACUGAGUUUAGGUUGGAAAUGCUUCUAACUGUGGACCGUUUGCCGAUCACGAACAAAACAAUGGUACAAGAGAGCCGCUUCUUUACGAUCGUGGAGCGAUGGCGCAGCGCCGGCGCCCCUGCACCAGAUCCUGUAUUCAUUGAUGAAGCUACUGGUCUGCCAGUAGAACUGGGAAAUAGAACUGCUCAAGAUGCAGCAGCACUGGCUGAGAAGAACAAAGAGAAUGCGGCUAUGUUGGAAAAAGUCAGAGAUCUGUCCAGUCAGUUGCUAGAAAGAUGGUCCAGUUUAAAGGAGGUGUUCAAAAUUCCUAAAAAGGAAAGAAUACAGCAGAUGAAGGAGCACGAACGUCAAGCGAACGUCGAGAGGCGCGCCGCCGACUCGAGCGGGUCGCGGGAGCGAGAGAGAGAGCGAGAGCGAGAGCGGGAGCGCCGAGACGAGCGAGAGAGACGGGAUGAGCGGGACCAUCGCGAGAGAGAGCGGGAAAGGGAAAGGGAGAGGGAACGAGAGCGCGAGAGGGAAAGGGAGAGGGAGCGCGAACGCGAGAGAGAGCGGGACCGUGACCGCGACAGGUAUAGGGAGCGCGAGAGAGAGCGAGACAGAGAACGAGACAGAGAAGACAGAGAUAGAAGGAAAAGAAGGAGCAGCCCAGAACCGAGAAGAAGUAUACGUUUGAACGAGCGUGUGCUGGCUGCUGUGCCCCCGCUGAGCAAGGAGGAGCGGCGUCGUGCCUUCGCGGAGGCGGCCGCUGCGGCGGAGGAGGCACGACGCACGCGGGACCCUCCCACAUGGCCUUACUGGACACAGCAUGAUGCCUUCCAACAGAUGUUCCAGCCUGGAAUGAUGGGUGGUACACCAAACAUGUUGGGUCAGAUGAUGCCGGGUCUGGUACCAGGGAUGCUGCCGCAAGAGUCUCAGAGCGAGUGGAUCACACCAAGCGGGGAGUUCCAGGGCCAGCCCGCUUUUGUUCCGUCUUUCCCGGGAGCACAGUUCUGUAUGCCACAGCCUAACAUGAUGGGCUUCGGAAUGGGCGGCUUCAUGUUUGGUCAACAAAUACCGCCGUCGUUCCCCACGAGGCCCGGCCAGGUGCCCACGCAACCCACGCAGUCGGGUAUGCCCACGCAGCCUGGUAUGUCGGCGCAGUCCACGUUGCCCAAUAUGCAGACACAAGCAUUGCCCUCGUUACAAAUGCAGGCACUACAAAAUGCUCAAUCUACUCAAGCGUUACAGAAUGCUAACAAGAUGUCGCUGGGGGCUCCAGGAGGUAAUAAGGAGGUGGUACUGCCGUCGCUGUGGCGCAGCGCAACUGACGCGCGUGGCCGCACUUACUACUACCAUGUUAAGUUGCGUCGCCCGCAGUGGCUGCCACCCGCCCCUGACCCCGAGGAGAGUUCAUCGGAGGAGGAGGUGGAGGCGAUGAGCGCGCUGGACACGGCCGUGGUGCGUCGCCAGGUGAAGGGCAAGCUGGUCGAAGGAGUUAAUGGCAUUUAUGAAGUGAUAAAAGAGGAUUCUCACAAUGGCCUGAUACCGGAUCACGCGCUGGUGUCACUAAAGCCAAGGAAGCGGCGACCCGGCCUCGUGUCUGAACGUCCCAUCAGUCCACGCACUGAGGAGGACAAGUUAGCGGGUCGUAUGGAGGUAAAGCGGUACAAGCAGACGAAGGAGAAGCUGCGCCGGCGCAAGGAGCGGCUGCUGCAGCGCGUGCGCAUGCUGGCAGCCGCACGACCCCGCAAGCACCAACUCAAGAUCGCAGAGAUAGAAGAUUUCGAAACUGACUCUGAAGAUGAUUCCGAUGACGGUACCAACGAGAAGUCCAUCAACCUUGUUUCAUCGCCGGCGGACGAGGUCGAGGGUCAGGAGGAAGAGGAGGUGGAGAGCAAGGAGGCGGUGGACUCGGAGGAGGUGGCGCGCAGGAUCAAAGAGCAGUUCCGCAGUAGCAUGGCGCGAGUUAUGGUGCAACAUCUCAACCCGUACCGACAUUCGGAUGCUCCCGCUGGCAGGAUCACGUGCACAGCAGACUUUAAACAUCUUGCUAGAAAGUUAACACAUUUCGUGAUGCUAAAAGAAUUAAAACACUGUCGGUCAGUGGAAGAGCUGAUAGUGACUGAUUCUGUGAGGACCAAGGCUAAGACAUUUGUGCGUAAGUACAUGGCCAAGUUUGGGCCGGUGUACCGCAGACCGCCCGAGGAGGCUGACUAGCGAGAGCUUGCGCGUUAUUACAACGCGAUCAAAUCAAACUGUGAAAAACAUUACAAAGUGAUUAUUGAUAAAUUUUUAAAGUGAUUUAACUGUGUAGUGAACAAAGUGCAACAUUGUGAUUUGUGACAAAUUAAAAAAGUAAGAAAUCAUCUCGGAUAAAGAUAUGCCUGUCCUUCUCACACGAUGAACUGUGCACAACACAUCAAAGAGCGACAGAGAUACAACUAGAAGUAAUAGAACUUUUUCCAACAUUAAUUGUAAUAAAUUACUAGUUGGAUGGAAAGAUGAUGUGUUCAAGAUUUGUUAAUAGAAAAAUUGUAAUAAAAAUCAAUUUGAACAGUGUAAAAUGUAUUAUUGCUAUUCUCGGUUUUGACAAAUUCAUCACAAUUUUUAUAUUCCAGACCAUAGAUAUAUAACCUAUAGAUAAUCUGUAGAUCAAAAAGACGAAAAAAAGUCCUCUACAAUCUUUUUGGUAAUAAAUUUAUAACACAUUUUGAAAAUCCACUUUCAAUUAGGCAUCAAACUUUUAUAAAAUACUCCAUCUAUAGAUUAUACAUCUAUGUUUAAGACAUUUUAGUAUAAUUAAAAGCAUAAUCUCCAUGAUUAAGAAUAUUUGGACUUAUUUAAUGACAAAAUGUUUUUUUAUUAAUAAAAUUAUUAAGAUAAAAAUCUGUAAAUAUAGGUUAUUAAGUGAUAGGUUAAAACAAGUCACUCCUCAUUUAGGUAUAAUCGUGAAAUAAUGACGAAUAAGAAAAAUAAUUAAAUAAAAUAAAAUGAACACUAUUUUUAAGCGAGUAAUACAAAUUAUGAAAUUUGUAACAUGAUCUCUGACUCGCAAUGGAUUUAUUUUGAUUUUUUUUUACUUGAAUAAGCAAUUAUUGGAGAUAAUUUGGUUUUUAUUAAGUACAGUAUUAAAUAAAGAUAAUUGUUUGAAUGCUUUCAACACGGAUUUAGAUUAAACAUCUAUAUAGAAUGAUUUGAAUAGAAAAGCCAGAACAUAAUUUUCUUUUAAACAUACUUUUUGAAAAUUACAUUUUUAUGAAUAAACUAUAACAAAAAACUAAUUUACAUAUAAAAAGAUUUUUUAUUUCUUCGUGACAAAGUAUUGGAUAAUAUUGACCAUAUUUAAGAAUCAGUCAAUUAUUAAAAUUGGUAACGUAAUUUAACAAAGUAGGUCAUAUAGGUUUUUUAUUAUUUAAGGAUUUACUUAAAAAAAAAUCAUGUGCAACUUUAUUCUAAAUUGUACUAUUGUUAAAUGUGAAGCUGAGACUUUAAUUGACAUAUUAUAUGUUAUAUGUUUCAUAUUAAACAUAUCAACGUUUUAUUACGACCUUGUGAUACCAAGGUGACAUUGUGCCUUAUGGCAAACAUUUGUAUGAAUUGGUGACGAGCCACACUUGAUUUAGCCUGAUAUAAUGAUACUUUACUCUUUUUAUGAUAUUUAAUUCCCACGAAUUAUUAAGGUACGAUUUCACUAUCAUUUGAACACCUCUUUUACCUUUUAAUAUUUCUAUUAUUUAUUAUCCUUAGAUUUACUUGUAUUUAAAAC